GGUUGGUGGUCGCUGACUGGGCUGACAGGGUGACGGUUGGCGGAGGCGAGGAACCUGAGGGUUAAUGUUGUGUGUCGUAUGGCAGGAGGGCCAAGAAGGUUUAGUCGAACAACUUCAUGUUGUAAAGUUGGAGCGCUAAAGAAGAAAUUAUAGACUUUGAUAUUGAAGGAAAUGAAGAGAAACAUAAAUGAAAAUUCAACUCGAAAUACAGCAGGCUGUUUGCCCGUACCAUUGUUCAAUCAGAAAAAGAGGAAUAGACAGCCAUUAACAUCCAAUCCACUUAAAAAUGAUCCAGGUAUCAGUACUGCUUCUGACAGUUAUGAUUUCCCUCCUCUACCAACAGAUUGGGCCUGGGAAGCUAUGAAUCCAGAGCUGCCUCCUUUAACGAAAACAGUGAACACAGGGCAAAUACCACAUUCAGUUUCUCAUCCCCUGAGAAGUCAAGAUUCUGUGUCUAAAUCUAUUCAAUUAAAUGCUGAAAGAAGCAAGAGUGGUUGGAGCUACAGAGAUGGCAACAAAAAUACCACUUUAAAAACUUGGGAUAGAAAUGAUUUUAAGCCUCAGUGCAGAAGAACAAAUCUAAUGACAAAUAAUGGAAUAAAUUCAUGUCCAGUGAAUUUGGGAGGUCAACAACGGAAACAAUUAAGAGUAUCUGAAUCUACUAACUUAUCUCACCAAAGAGAAAGUGAAGUACUCACACAAACACAUUCGUCACAAAUAUCUGGCUCCACAAUGAGAAGUCUAGACAAAAACAGUGCAUUACAGGCAUUUAAGCCCAAUUUUCAACAAAAUCAAUUUAAGAAAAAAAUGUUGGAUGGUUUUCCAGAAGAAAACACCCUCAAGGAAGCAUCGUAUCAGUUAAAGCUUAAGGAGAAAGAGAAUUCUUUAAGAAUUAUAUCUGCAGUUAUUGAAAGCAUGAAGUACUGGUGUGAACAUGCACAGAAAACUGUACUUCUUUUUGAAAUAUUAGCUGUUCUCGAUUCAGCUGUUACACCUGGCCCAUAUUGUUCAAAGACUUUUCUUCUGAGAGAUGGGAAAAAUACUCUGCCUUGUGUAUUUUAUGAAAUAGAUCGUGAACUUCCAAGACUGAUUAGAGGCCGAGUUCAUAGGUGUGUUGGAAACUAUGACCAGAAAAAGAAUAUUUUUAAAUGUGUUUCUGUCAGACCAGCAUCUGUUUCUGAACAAAAAACUUUCCAAGCAUUUGUUAAAAUUGUAGAUGCUGAAAUGAGAUAUUAUACUAAUGUAAUGAAUGAAAUUUAA